GGUCGGUGUGAGGCCGCCGGAUCAGUCGAGCUCGGAGACUUGGUGCCCUUCUGUGUGUGUCUGGCUGCUCCCUGGAAGAAGGAAAGGAAGAGUGCUUGGUUUUUUUGUCGUCGUCCCCGGCGCUUCACGCCCCAGCUUCGCCGCCACGCCAUUUGCUUCCGGUGAUUUGGUCAGCCAUUGAAGCACGUGAUUGAAAGGCAGCCACCAAGCGAGCACAGGCCAGCCAUGUCCCUUGCAAGUGUUCUUUUGAUUUCUGCCGCCGUAGCAGCCAGUUACGUUCAAGGAGGGUUCAUCUUCACAGCGCCCAAAAUCCUCCGAAGCGAAACGGAGGCGCUGUUCCGGCUGACCCUAACCGAUGUUAAGGACGACGGCAAGGUUUCUGUACGGCUCCUAAAGUACAACAACGACAGCGUAGUGCUCGCUGAACAGGAAUACGACAUCAAAAACGGGGAAAGCACCUUUCUUCCAUUCAAGGUACCAAAGCACAUAGACAGCCAGGCGAAGAUUGAAGUAAAUGGAACUUUUGGGUCCUAUAUCUUCGGUGACAAAAAAGAAAUAGACUUCCAGAAGUCGAAAACCAACGUGCUCAUUCAGACCGACAAGGCACUAUACAAACCAGGGCAAAAAGUUCAAUUGCGGGUCCUGCCAAUAAACAAUGAACUAAAGCCUGUCACAGAUGUUCAGGCCACUAUUUACGUCACAAGCCCGGGUGACGUCAGGAUAGCCCAGUGGAACAACGUUACGUUUGAGAAAGGAAUUGUUCAAAGAGACUUCAAGCUGUCGGAGGAACCUGAACUUGGGCUGUGGCAAAUUGUUGUUGAGCUUCCGUCUCAGACCGUUAGACAGCACUUUGAAGUCAACGAAUAUGUGCUUCCAAAAUUUGAAGUAACCGUCAAACCACCGUCCUAUGUUCUUGCGGAUGCCAAGGAAAUAACAUGGAAAAUUUGCGCGCACUAUACGUUCGGUCAGCCAGUCGAUGGAACGCUCAAGGUGAAUGUCACCUACGAAAGAUACUCGUGGGAAAAGGACGACUACCCCCGCGUCUCCCACGAAGGACCGAUCAACGGCUGCUUCGACAUGACCGUCAACACGACAGCCCUGAGGUUUAACGAAAACUACGAGAUCUACAAGAGGCUUCUUCUUAUUGCUUCGGUAAAUGAGACGGGCACAGGAAUCACCAUGAACAAGACAAGCUAUGUGAGCCGCAGUUUUAACCCACUGGAGCUGACAUUCCUUGAGGGAGAACACGGCAAGAACUAUUUCAAGCCAGCAAUGCCUUUCUAUGGAUCACUCCUCGUGAAGAAGCCAGACGGCGUCCCGGUUGGCGGAGAGCGCAUCCAGUUGUGCCUGCUUUCGCAGUCCGAGAUCAUCAAGCCUUUAUGGUGGCGCACCGACAGACGACUAAGUUGCAAAAACUACACCUCGGAUGAAAACGGUUUGGUCAAAUUCACCAUUCCACCAAUGAAGACGUCGGUGGUGACAAUCAGCGUCGAGGCCGUGGCCGUGAACUACGAAACUGUCAAGUACGACACGUACGGUGUGAAGAUCAACCAGCCCAAGAGCACCCUGUACCUACAAGCCUGGUACUCGUCAAGCAACAACUUCAUCCAGGUCGAGCCGUCCAAGGUCCCCGUGUCCUGUACCAGCAGGCAUCCGAUUCGCGUUCGCUACACCGCCGAAGCCGACAAGGAAAUUCAGUUCCACUUUCAGGUGAUGUCCCGUGGCAAUAUCCUCAAGGACGCUGUGGUGCCGGUGACCUUUAAGGCCGACCAGGCCGUCGUGACUGAGGUGGACGAAACGUACCUGGUUGAAGAGGAGCGAAACGAAACAUUGCCGAGCAAUGUGGCCGAGGAGCAGGCCGCCACCGGAAGCUUGGAAUACGAACUAACACCGGACUUCAACUAUGCGCCUCAGGUCAAAGUACUCGUCUUCUACGUCCGGCCAGACGGGGAGGUCAUCGCUGACGCCGAGCAGUUCGAAGUCGAGAAGUGCCUUCAGAACAACGUGACCAUGACUUUUGGUUCAGACACGGUUCAACCAGCCACAUCGGCCGCCAUUCACCUUAACGGAUCACCUCACUCCUACUGCGGCGUGGGCGUUGUUGACAAAAGUGUGCAUCUUCUCAAGCAAGACAAUCAGCUUACAAAAGAAAAGAUCUACGAGAUACUUAAACGCCUUGACAUCAGUCGCUACACAUGGCCAAAGCAAGCGUCCUAUGAUUACUGCCGGAAACAGCUGGCCAAGAAGCCACAGCAAUACAAGCGCACAAUUUGGAACGGACCACGAACUUCGAACGUUGAGUAUGUGGACUCCAUCACUGCCUUCGAUGAAUCUGGGAUGGUUGUGAUGUCCGACCUGACUUUGGAGACGAGGCCCUGCAGAAAAGCCAUCUACGACAGACCCCCGUACGCUCUGGCUGCUCCAGCAAUGCGCGUCUCGUACUCUUCCACGUCGUAUACUGGGUACCCCUCACCAAUCCCUCUGGCAGGCCCGCCUCCGCCACCCGCAUUUGCCAAUAGAGUUAGUCUUGUAGGUGGUGCCCCGGCCGUCGCAACCCUGGAUUCGUUGCCGGAGGCCAUUGCCGUCAACCGAGAGAUCCCGGCAAAGUCGGCCGUCGAGGUGCGAAACUACUUCCCGGAGACGUGGCUGUGGGAUCUCAAGGAACUCGACGAGAACGGUCAACUGUCCUUCAAGGAGAAGAUUCCACACACGAUCACUGAGUGGGUCGGAAGCACCGUGUGCAUCAACUCUCAGGACGGCGUUGGUGUCUCGGACCCGGCGAAGAUCAAGGCAUUCCAGCCAUUUUUCGCCUCUUUCUCACUGCCGUACUCCGUGGUACGUGGUGAACUCGUGCCCGUCAAGGUCUCCGUCUUCAAUUACCUUGAGAAGUGCCUCCCCAUCGGUCUCACACUCGCCGAAAGCGAAGACUACACAAUUCAGGACAGCGCAUCCACCACGCUCUGCGUGUGCGGCAGCAAGAGUCUCACUCACAAGUUCCUCGUGCGGCCGAAAACAAUCGGAGAAGUGAACUUCACGGUGUCGGCUGCGGGAUCAAACAGUGACACUGUCUGCGGUGACCAGAAGGUGGAAAAGGUGGUCGCGAGGGACGCAGUUACCCGCCCGCUUAUUAUUGAGGCUGAAGGGUUCCCCAAGGAGGAAACCAAGAGCGUAUUUGUUUGUCCCAAAGAUGUCACCGAGGGCGAUGGCAAGAACGAGUUUGACUUGGUUCUUCCCGAUGAUCUGGUCGAAGGUUCUGCGAGAGCAUACGUUUCCGUCACAGGCGACAUUAUGGGCCCGGCCGUUCAAAACCUGGAUUCCCUUGUUCGUGUUCCGACGGGUUGCGGCGAGCAGAAUAUGAUCAAGUUCACGCCGAACGUUUACGUCCUGGACUACCUGAAGGCUACCGGAAAGCACGAAGAGGACAUCGAGAAGAAGGCUGUCGAGAACCUCAAGACUGGCUACCAGCGUCAGAUGAAGUACAGGCACCCAGACGGAUCCUACAGCGCGUUCGGAACGAGCGACUCAACCGGCAGCAUGUUCCUCACGUCCUUCGUUGUGAAGUCUUUUAAGCAGGCCGAGAAAUACGUCCCCAUUGACGCCGCCAACCUGAAGGAAAGCAUCAAGUGGGUCACCACAAAACAAAAGACUAACGGAUGCUUCCAGAAUGUUGGAAGAGUGCUCAGCUCUGGCCUUAGGGGCAAGGUGAACGAAACAGCACCUGGCGCCCUCACAGCGUACGUCCUUGUGGCCCUUCUGGAAGGAGGCCUUGCGGAACCGAAGGUCGUCGAGUCCGCUUUGAAUUGCAUCGCGGCGCAGAAGAACCCGAGUCCCCACAACUUAGCGGUUUCCGCGUACGCAGCCGCCCUCGCCAGUCACAGUUCAGCCAAGGACUACGUGGACAAGUUGGAGGCGGUGUCCACCCACAAAGGUGGCCUGACAUACUGGUCCAAUGCUGCCAGAAAAGGAUCGUCUGCGUCCGCUGACAUCGAGACUGCUGCCUAUGCGGUGCUGACAUACGUGAAGCUUGGCGACAAGGAGAACCUGGGAAAAGCGCAGCCCAUCGUUCGCUGGAUGGCCACCCAAAGGAACAGCCGGGGCGGAUUUUCUUCCACGCAGGACACAGUUUUGGGUCUCCAGGCACUUUCCGCGUUUGCGACCCACGUGAGCAAAGAUCCAGUGGACAUCUCUGUGAAAGUCGCUGGUACCGAUGUGGACGAAUCCUACGACCUGAAGGAGCCCACGAAGCUCGUUAUUCAAGAAAAGAAGGUCACCAACCUGCCCAACAAACUGGCAGUAGAGACAACUGGAUCUGGAUGUGCCUUAAUCUCGACGACUUUGAAAUACAAUGUCCACACGCCUCCCAAAAGCGAAGGAUUUGAGCUGACGGUGACGCCUACGCAGGAGCCCAACAAGUGCAAUACUGCAGAUGUGAAGGUUUGCUUGCGGUUCGAUGGUGAACAGCCAUCAAACAUGGCUGUUGUUGAAUUGAAGUUGGUCUCUGGGUUCACGGUGGACGAGGAUCAUGUGUAUUCUCUGUACCGCAAAGAAGGAGUGUCGCUGAAAAGGCACGAACUUGAAAAGAACCAACUGAACCUGUACUUCGAAGAGAUUUCCUCUACAGAAAAAUGCUUCGACAUUCGUGUUAACCGCGAUGUUGAAGUUGAGGACGCCAAACCUGCCAAUGUCAAAGUUUACGACUACUAUGAGCAAGAAAACAGCAAGUCCGUGAGUUACACCCUCAACACGUCUUGCCAGUGAGCUCCUCAGCACAUAGAAAAGCUUAUGAACGAUAUCGCUUCAUCAAAAUGAACACAAGCAUCAAGUCAAGACAGCGCUUCAUCCUCGCGUCGCUUCCCGUUUCGGCGAUGGUUUUUAAUAACCAAGCAUUUUGAUACCGGUAACUGUCGUCGCAAACGCACAGAGUAUAAUAAUAGAAUGUCACGUGCCCAGUUUCUUCCAAUCGAAAAAGUCGUACCUCUUCUUUUUUUGCCAUUUAAAUAACGGGUAGAGACAGAAAUGUACCUACUUUGUUCCUUAAUCACCCAUUGUCAUGCAGGUAAGAAAGGCAUUACUGUACAGUUUCUUUUUCUGUGGGCUAAAAUAGCCACGACGUUUAACUGACUGUUACAGAUUUGAUAUGCGAAAACGUAACCUGACUUAGAGCCACACUUUCUCUGGAACACGGUAGUCGCCACUGAAAACCAUCUGACUUCUUUGAUGAUAUACGCCUAAAUAACUUUCUAAUAUGGUCAUAACAUCACAAAGUGUCUCGUCACUUCCAAAAUUUAAACCGCGCAAAACAUGAAUAGUUUGCCAGUCGUCUAGAUGAGGGUAUUAAAUAACAGAAGGCUGAAUUGAAAGUAAUUCAGAUCACUAUACCCUAGUUAGACUGCUCCGUGAACUGUGCGGUUCCCAAUGUUCAUAUUUUGCUUGGAUAAAACUUCAGGAGAGGGAACGACGAAUCAUGCAUUUUUGUUUUCUGGGACACACGAGGUUCACACAAUGCGCGCGGGCAUUUCUUUUUUGUGUGUUUCAAGUAGUCUUGUCGGACAAGAAUAGCUUCAUAACUUUUGUACUGUCCGCCAGCCGGCACGAUACCAAACUUGUACAUUCAUCACUUUUUGAUCGAGUAAUAAAAUUGAAUCGUUUUGCA